AUGGCACAGCCGUUUACCAUCCGCGCGGGCCCAGACACCGACAUCUGGAAGAAGCCUCCCGCCAAGGACAUCUUCAACGCCCCCUUCAAGACGCACUCGUCCAACCCCGUGGCCAAGUUCCGCUCCGCGCAGGUCACCUUCACCGCCGCGUACGCCCAGCAAUACGACCAGGCCGGGCUGCUCUUCCGCCUCACGCCCCCCACCGCCGCGGACCAGCAGCAGCCCGCCCGUAAAUGGGUCAAGACGGGCGUCGAGCUGUACGAGGGCCUGCCGCGGCUGUCGACCGUGAGCUGCGACACCUGGGCCGACUGGAGCGUCGGGCCCGUCGACAGCAGCAGUGCCGCAGAGGUAGCAGCUGGCAAGCGCAGCGUGACGGUGCGCGUGCGCGCCGAGGGCGACGCGAACGGCCGCAGCUGGUGGGUGUACCACAUCGACGGCGAGACGGAGACGCCGCUGCGGGAGAUUUGCUGGAUCGCGGAUGCGCGGUACGCGGGCUGGACGCUGGAGGUCGCGGCGCUGGUGGCGAGGCCGGCCAAGGGAGGCGAGGGCGAGCUGGAGGCCAAGUUUGAGGACUUUACGGUGGAAUGGGCGUGA